UGCUGUGCGCGUGAAUGAAAAUCCAGCAGAGAGAGAGAGAGAGAGAGAGAGAAAGAGAGAGAGAGAGGAAGGGAUACAGCAUCUUCCUUGGAGUAUCUCCUGAGAGCAUCCAACUGCAGGCACUAUGAGUAAGCUCACCUCCGAUGAGUCACCAAUCUCCAGAGAGGUUUCCAGGCCAGAAGAAAAAGACAAAGGCGAAAACCCCAAGAAAACAGAGCCGGAAGAAGAAGAAAUUGAUAUUGAUUUAAAUGCCCCGGAAACGGAGAAGGCUGCUCUCGCCAUCCAGGGAAAAUUCCGACGUUUCCAAAAACGGAAACAGGAUCCCAGUUCCUGAGCCUUUCUGGAGCCUUCCCACCUCGCCUUGACGCGCUUCUUUCCUCUUCCUGUCCCCUCAAAACCCCACCGCGAUUCCAUUUCCUCCCUUGUCUUCCCACCCCAGCAAAGGGGGCUCCUCUGAUCUUCAACUAAUUUUAAUUUUUGCACGUCCUGGGAAAAUGGUCAAAGCAGAGGAAGGGAGGGGAUGGAGUGGGGUGGGUGGAAGGGCCUGCUGAGCACCAAGGCCUUCCACACUGCUUCA